UGUGUGAAACUUUUUGUGUUAUUUUAAAUGUAAUAUAUUGCUGCAAAUUUUAGCAUUUCUAAAUUCAUUUUUGUCAUUAUAUCUGGUGAAAUAUCAUAUCUUGUCAAAUAUCCUUCUCAGUCAUUCUAAUGUGCUGAAUUGCUGCUCAAGCAACCUUUCUGGUGAUCAUCAGUGUUGAAAACAGUUGGCAUAUGCUUCAUACUUUUGUGGAAACCUUGAUAAAUGACCAAAGUAGUAAUAGCAAUAUGUUAAAAUGUUGCAAAAUCUCUUUAAAAUUUUUUUUUUUUUAAACUGGUACUAUGGUUUAAACACUUAUAACAGCAGCUCCGUGUAGCCGUUUAAUAUUUAUUUUCCCAGAUAUGAAAUGAAAACGAUCUGUGCGCCCUGUCAUUGGCCAAUCAACUCCAGCUGUGGCUCAUAACAGGUAGGCGUCGUUUCCAAAUGUUUUCUAUUCUGAGGUAUUUAUAUAGCAUGCAAAUCAGUGGCUCGUGCGAGCACCAAAAAUGAUCAAGAGUAAUUGAAUGAGCCAGAUAUAGACAAAAUAUGAAUACGCGCGGGCAUCUGCAAAUACUCUGUGCUUUGUUUUUGGCUUUCUGUAACGAAUUUGCUCAUGGUCGUGACGAGGUUUCAGGUGCGGAGUCCUUAAAGUUAGAUUGGGGGAGAAGGAGGUAUCGAAGAGGUUUAGGAUUAGUCAGAAAUACAAACAUUAAAGAUGCAGGUCUGACACAACCACAAACUAAACCCCAUUUUGAAUGCGGCGACGGAGUUUUAGCAGUACUUUUAAAACACGCUGAUGUCAUCAACACCCAAAUUUAUGGACUACAGGGGGAACUGCUCCACUUGCCCCAGUUAGAAGUUUUUUGUGGUGUUUCCAUCAAGCCUACACCCACACAUCUUCACCUGCUGUUCAACUUUGAUUCCUGUUAUGUAAAAAAAGAGGAAGCUGCACACAUUUUGUCUCUUAGAUGGUAUGGGACAGAUUUUGUCCUCCCCUGUCCUGUUCAUGUUCCUCCUUCAGUCAGAUGUAAGAAUGGUGCUAUGGAAAUGACUGUUGUUCAUGGGACAGCAGAAGUACUGUCAGUUGCAAUAAAUGAAAAAUGGAUACCAUUGCUUGAUGUGGCUGCUAACUGCUGGCAAAGACCGCAUUCUCACAAGAGAAGGCACACUUUCUCCAUUCCAUAUUCAAGCUGUGGGAUCCAUUUCAGGGAUGGUCGCCACGUUCUGCAUUUGAAAUCUAAAGACAAGUUGAUUGUGCUGUCAUGUCCAUAUGAUCCAGUGUUUCCAGUCCAAUACCCAGGUCAAUUAUUGCAACAAGGGCACCCUGGGCCACGAGGAUUUAAUCCCAAAGCUCUAAGCAGUGAGGCUGUGAAGCAAGUGUAUGCGUUUGCUGCUGAGAACCAGGAAACAAAUGCAGCUAGAACACUUUCUCUGCAACCCAGAUCAUAUUGGCUGCCUAAAAUGCCACCUUUGCCUGGCAAUUUUAAUCUGUCUGUAAGCUUCCCAUUUUCAGUUCCCUUACCAAAACAUGAGCGUUUGAGAGAAGAACUGAUCUUUGUUCCAGACCCCACUCCAACACCUACUCCAACCCCUACCCCAUCCACCACAAGCUCUUACGAAGACAUAUCAGACAUUGAUGAAAAUGACCAAUUUCCCAAUUAUGUCUCUGAGCAGAUGGAUCGGGAUCGUUUUGCUUGGGAUAACCUUCCUCCCUAUACACGCUAUCCAUACAAGCAUCGUAGACCGAGUCAAGUGAAUUCAGUUCUUGCUAAUAUAGCACAGUAUCUUCCACCUGGGUAUUUCAUAUGCUCGAACAAUGGUCAAGAACCACCAGUUUUCCCACCAACGUUUCUGCCUCCCAUUCUGAAUCCUGCUAUAAAAAAUCAAAAUACUGGAAGCGUGCGGUUUACACCCGUUCCUGUGCUUCCUUUGAAUGAGUACACCGAUCGGCAAAUUACGAGGCCUGUAGCUUCUAGCGUCUAUGAUUCUAGUACCUCGUUUUACCAGCCGAAUCGACGUUUUCAGUCUUCUCAGUACCAGCCAUACUUUUACCAGGGUAGUUAUGGCUAUCGGGGUUCCUCCUCUGGUUCCUUGGCUCCUAAUGGUCCGCUUAUUCCUGUAAACCUGCAAUCUCAAGCAAAUUAUCCUGUGUACCCGGUUUCUCAAGAUGUAAGACCCUAUCAGACUGAUGGAGACCAGUCUCUAAAUUCAUAUCAGGGAUCUGUUUUCCAGACCCACCGGAGACGACACCGGCCCGGUCACUUGUUCAACUUUCCAAAUUCACCAAUGAAUCUUGAGGUAGUUUCAGCUGAUGCUUACACGGACGGUGCUGAUUCGUUUCCUAAAGGUUUUUUCCAGCCACGGUCUAUUACUCCUGAUCAGCGUCAAGGUUCACCACCAAGAAGAGGUGAAUAAUGUUGAUGUCUGCUUUAAUAAAUAAGCAAUUGUGUGGAAAAAAUAAGAGGUUGUGUAAAAGACAUGCUUUUGAGCAAACUAUGAUUGUUCAAGGACUUUAAGUCAUGUGUAAUAAUGAUUCAAUAAAUAUUGUAAACUAU